AUGGGUAUGUCAUCGACUAUACUUAUGAUGGGUAAUACCGUUGCAAUGCAAAAGAGGGGUGUAGAUUUUAGAGGUUUAUACUUAAGUUCAAAAUGGUCGUCAGAACAACUUAAUGGUUUAGAUUCACAGGUGUUCAACAGCAGCAACAACGACAACAACAGCAGUGAUAAUCAUGUAGAUCAAGAUUGUUUAGAUAUAGAUAUAGAGAUAAAAUGUAAAAUACACAAUACCUAUGAUUGUAUUGCCUACUGUUUAGAUUGUAACACAGAGAUCUGUCAGUGUUGUGUGGUUGUCGGUUCACAUUCACGACAUGAAUUCGUUGGUCUGUCGGAUUCUUCGGUCUCCAGUAGAACCGAAAGAGAAAAAGAAGUACGAUCGAAUAGCACUAUCAAGUAUGGAAGUGAAGAACAUGUAAAGUACACAUUGGCAAAGAGCUAUUUCGAUUUGAAAGAGUACAGACGUUGUGCAGAUGUCUUGGAGCAUCAGAGCUGCAGGAGUUCACUGUCACUCUUUCUCCAGUGGUAUUCACUCUAUCUUGCCUAUGAGAAGCGUUCUCUUGAGGAAUCGAUCGAGAGUAAAGAAUCUACAUCUGGAGGGUCUAACAAUAGUAGCAAUAACAAUAGUGGAACAAGUGGUUCUUCUUCUUCUCCUUCAUCUGGAAAUGGUAGCGGUGGGAACAACCCUUCGAAUGACGGCAACGUCAAUACACAGUUAGAUGGUGGAAUGGAUAAGAAUACCGCAGGUGGAAAAUCAGGUGGUAGUGCAAAUAAUAGUGGUGGUGGUGGUGGUGGUGGUAAUGCAGAGGUAACCAGAGAGAUGUUACAACUUUCCAAUAAGAUGGAACAGUGGUACCGCAAUACUGGUGAGCAAUGUCAAGAUGCUUUCUUGCUUUACCUCUAUGCGGUUAUACUGAAGAAGAACAACAACAUCGCCAGUGCCAAACAAGUACUGGCACUCUCCAUCUACAAUAACCUCUCGAAAACAUUCCCAAAUUCAACUUAUAUAGCUGCACAAAAUGCCAUUGGACAUUAUAAUCUUAGAGAAUAUGGUGUUGCAGAGGAAUUGUUUGAAAAGAUAUUAGAGAUUGAACCACAUAGAUUAGAGAGUAUCGAUGUUUACAGCAAUAUCUUGUACGUUCAUAAUAAUAAAGCGAAUCUUAGUAUGUUGGCUCACAAAGCUAUGACCACCGAAAAGUAUUCUCCAGAGACCUGUUGUAUCAUUGGUAACUACUACAGUUUGAAAUCGGAACAUGAUAAAGCGAUACUCUAUUUCCAAAGAGCAUUGAAAUUGAAUGAUAAAUAUCUAGCUGCAUGGACAUUGAUUGGUCACGAAUUCUUGGAGAUUAAAAAUGUAGCGGCUGCUAUCAAUGCCUAUAGAAAAGCAGUGGAUAUCAACUCGAAAGACUACAGGGCGUGGUAUGGACUUGGACAAACCUAUCAGUUGCUUAAGCUACCGUUGUACUCGCUCUACUACUUCCAGAAGGCAACGGCAAUACAUCCGUAUGACCCGAGAAUGUGGUGUGCGGUCGCUGGUUGCUAUGAGAUUCUCGAGAGAAUACCAGAUGCCAUUCGUUGCUACGAGCGAGCAGAGGAGAACUAUGAUCGUGAGCGUGUCGCACUCUCCAAGCUUGCCAAGCUCUACCAAGACAUGCAGAGAAACGAAGAGGCUGCCUAUUACUACAAGAAGAAUCUCUAUCAUCGCGACAACGAGAAAAUCGAUGGUCAAGAGACAAUCGAUGCACUUCACUUCCUGGCGCACCACCACAAGAAACUCGGGCAAUUCGACCAAGCCGAAAAGUAUUGUCUACGACUGCUCGACUAUGCCGGUCCAGAGAAAGAAGAAGCAAAAGCAUUACUCAAAGACAUAAGAGUUGGAAAUCAACAAAUUCAACAACAACAACAAAAACAAAACCAAUAA